GGACUUGUGACCAGCACAGGCCAGAAAAGUCGAACCGUCAGUGUCGAUUUGCUCGUUCCUGCUACCUACUAUGAAAAGCGAGGAAGACAGGGUCACAAAGAUGCCUUCGUCCUCAUCAAAGAAGACCAGUACAACAUGGCAGGCAAGGCUCGAGGCAUCAAAGACGCUUGCAGGGAAUUUCAGAUCAGCGCCCCAAAAUACCAGCUGGUCUCUGAUAGGAGAGGUGGUCGUACGGCGUGGUCGAGCCAGGUGACCAUCUACAAUCAAACUCAUGCGGCACGCUUUUGGUAUGACGGCAAGAAUCUUCACAACGCUCGCGAAGACGCUGCCGAGGUGGCCUGGAACUGGCUCACAACUCCGUCGAGCUCCCCUUCGACCUCCAAUACGGCCUCUUGGUGA